AUGGCUAGCCCUGAUGAAAACUGGCCGGUAUUUGAAGCUCAAAUACUAUCAAGUUCUGAUGAUUUUGAUGUUGCAUACAAGAAACUCAAAAAAGCAGAAACUUAUACUGAUUUAACCACAGAUUUAAACUACCUGCUGGCUGCUGUACCAAAACCUCCUUCAAGUGAUAAUAACAAUACAUCAGAUAAAGACCAAAAAAAGUUAGCUCCUGUAACUGAACGGUUAUACAAAAAGAAUAGAUUAUCAAAUAAACCAGUAUCAUAUGACUAUGAAGAACGUUUUCAAAGUCCAAUCUAUGGCAAACCUUCCAGUGGUCAUCUAACUAACUCAAAAAAUGUCAGUCGAAGCUUAAUCUACAAUAGUAAACCUUCAAGUGACUAUCAAACUGAUUCAAAACUUUUCCAUCCUAGUCCAAGUUAUGAUGAUGAACCUUCCAGUGGCCAUUCUGCAAUUAACUCAAAACAUUCACGCUCAUCAAGUCCAAAUUAUGAUGAACCUUUAUGUGGCCGUGAAGCUAACUCAAAACUUUUCCAUCCUAGUCCAAGUUAUGAUGAACUAUCUUACAGUGACCAUCCAACUAACUCACAAAAUUCAUAUCCAAGUUCAAGCUACAAUGACGACAUAACAGAUAUAUCUCUAUUCCAAAAAGGAAAAAACCGUGAACGACGCCUUUCUAAUAAUGAUUUUCAAGACCGAGUAUUAAGACAACUAUCACAUAUAAAACUUCAUUUAUUAAAAUUAAAUGAAAAAGUUUCAUCGUUGAAUUAUCCUUCGCCACAAAACACAAACAUUGAUACUUACGAUACGAAUAUAUUAGACGAUUUUCCUCUUAAAUUUGAACUUGAUUUACAAAAUGUUGAAAUAAAACUAAAAAAUGAUGAAAUUUAUAAGUCAAACAUGUUGACAGCUCUGUCCAAAAUGGGUGGUUCAAAAACAGAUGAGUCUACCAAGUAUAUUUUAAAAAAAAUAUACUCUGAUCAAUUAGCUAUGUGUUACAGUUGGAUGGGUGGAAAAGGAAAAAAAGUUUUAUCUACCAUGCUACUUCCUAAAAUAAUAAUAGAAGUGGUGCAGAAAAGAAUCCAAAACUCAACUGAAAUAGACAUCGUAAAUUCAAUCAAAAAUUGGUUGCGACAUGCUUAUCAAAGAAACUUAAACAGCUUAAAGGCAGCAGAAAAAAGAAGCGUCCAAAAUAAAGAAGAUGAUGAAUAAGAGAUAGAUAGCACUAUAGAUUACUCACAUGUGUAUACUUAA